AAUUGAACAGAAACAUCCAAAUGAAAUCGGAUUUCAAGUCCGCCCCUGAGGAGGAAAGAAGAAGAGAGGAGCCGGAAUAAUUGGUUUAAAACCGCUCCGGUUUCCACGCUGAGGUGGCAGAGAGUUGUAACCGUCUCCCAUAACAGUGGUUCUCUGUGGAUGGGCCAGUCAGCUUCGGCGGUAGCAACUUCAAGCCGCCGUGAAAACCAUCACAGCCACCGAUCCAAGUCCAAAGCAACCGCCCUGAUCUCUCCGAUGCUUGUUCCCGAUGACUCCUCCGGCGAGGUUCUCGAUUCAGCAACCGACUACAUCUCCGAUCUACCGGACGGCUGCUUGGCUUGCAUUUUCCACUCCCUCGGCCCCGGCGACAGGAAGAGAUGCUCUCUAGUCUGCCGGCGGUGGCUGAAGGUGGAGGGACAGAGCCGGCACCGUCUCUCCCUCAACGCGCAGGCGGAUCUGCAGCCGACUAUCCCUUCCCUCUUCUUUCGCUUCGAUGCGGUCACCAAGCUCGCGCUGAAAUGCGACCGGAGAUCCACCAGCAUCGGCGACGAGGCCCUCACGCUCAUCUCGCUGCGGUGCCGGAACCUCACGCGCCUGAAGCUCCGCGCGUGCCGCGAGCUCACCGAUGCAGGCAUGCUGGCGUUUGCCAAGAACUGCAAAGGCUUGAAGAAGCUCUCAUGCGGAUCGUGCACGUUUGGAGCUAAGGGAAUGAACGCCGUGCUGGACAACUGCUCGGCGCUGGAGGAGUUAUCGGUGAAGCGGCUCCGUGGCGUUGGUCCGGACAAGUCCACCGUGGAGCCUAUCGGUCCCGGCGUUGCUGGCUCGUCGCUCAAGACAAUCUGCCUGAAGGAGCUUCUCAAUGGCCAGUGUUUCGGGCCGCUUAUAAUCGGCGCAAAGAAGCUCAAGACACUAAAGCUUUUCCGGUGCGGCGGAGAUUGGGACAAGCUGCUGCAAGUGAUAGCUGAGCGAGUGACGUCUAUGGUUGAAAUCCACCUGGAAAGAAUUCAGGUUAGCGACAUUGCGAUGGCCGCAAUCUCCAAUUGCUUGGAUCUGGAGAUACUACACCUGGUGAAAACGCCGGACUGCACCAAUGUAGGUCUGAUUUCGGUCUCGGAACGCUGCAAGCUCCUGAGGAAGCUUCACAUUGAUGGAUAUAAAUCGAAUAGUGUGGGAGAUAUAGGCUUGAUUUCGGUGGCCAAGAGUUGUCCUAACCUUCAGGAGUUGGUUCUUAUCGGAGUGAAUCCAACUAAAGCGAGCUUGGAAUCGUUGGCGACGAAUUGCUGCAAUCUGGAGAGGCUGGCAUUGUGCGGGAGCGAUACGGUAGGUGAUCCAGAGCUUUUGUGCAUUGCUGCGAAAUGUGGCGCAUUGAAGAAGCUUUGCAUUAAGAGCUGCCCUGUGUCUGACGCUGGCCUUGAAGGACUCGCCAGUGGGUGCCCCAAUAUGGUGAAAGUGAAGGUUAAGAAGUGUAGGCUUGUAACACCCGAGGGUGCUGAUUCUUUGAGAGCAAAGAGGCCUACAUUGGCCGUAAAUUUGGACAACGGUGAGCCUCCACAAGACGCCAGUGUCAGUGAGGGAGGGGUGCAAGAGAACCCUGCCGUCGAACUCCUUCCACCGGCCACACUACCAGCGUUUCCCGACAUUGCUUCAAGCAGUACAGGGAGGUCGGCGUCCUUUAAGUCAAGGUUAAGUCUUUUCUCAGGACGGACCCUUGUGGCGUGCACUCUGAGAAGAUGGGCGAGUCGGAAUAGUUAGUGUUAUUGAACAGAAAACCAAACAGAAGCUACUGGACUAAAAAAACAAACCAGUCCUUGUUCAUUGUUAUUUUGUUCCCGUAUUGUUUAUUUGAUUCUGAUCUUUAUGUACGUAAAUUGGAUUAUGUGUGCUGUUCAUCGCCUUCGGUCAAUUCAAUCUUCACACCUGUU